AUAUAACAUCUGACAUGUCCAUGGCGCUUGCGUCGACAGCUUAGUUCCUUUAGCACUGUGCAAAAAGCGCGGUGCGGUGUAUUCUGCAUUUCCAUCGGAUUUAAGACAUUAAAAUGUUCUCAUCCCUGCUGGAUGUGGCGCGGAACUCGCCCUUCCGUGGGCCCCUCUCCCCCGCACAGUGCGAGCCCGCCAUUGCUGCACCACAAGCUGCACAGAUCGGCAUGGCGGCGGCGGCGGAGGUGCAGGGUGAUUCGUGCGAAUUCGCAUCGCCCAAGUACUUCGCCCUGUGCGGUCUCGGGGGCAUCCUCUCUUGUGGUAUAACUCACACUGCUGUGGUCCCCUUGGACUUGGUGAAGUGCCGGCUGCAGGUGGACCCUGACAAGUACAAGAAUGUGAUGACUGGCUUCAAGGUGUCAGUGCGCGAGGAGGGCAUGCGAGGACUCGCUAAGGGCUGGGCCCCCACCUUCAUUGGAUACUCCCUACAGGGGCUGUGCAAGUUCGGUCUGUACGAGGUGUUCAAGGUGACGUACUCCGGUAUGCUGGAUGAGGAGACGGCGUACUCGUACCGUACUUUCGUGUACCUCGCGGCGUCCGCCUCCGCGGAGUUCUUCGCUGAUAUCGCGCUCUCCCCGCUAGAGGCCGCUAAGGUCCGUAUCCAGACUAUGCCGGGCUUCGCGUCGUCGCUGCGCGAGGCGUGGCCCAAGAUGGUGCAGAACGAGGGCUACGGCACCUUCUAUAAGGGUCUGGUGCCGUUGUGGGGUCGGCAGAUUCCCUACACCAUGAUGAAGUUCGCCUGCUUCGAGAAGACAUUGGAACUACUCUAUAAGUACGUGGUGCCGAAGCCCCGCGAGCAGUGCACGAAGGGCGAGCAGCUGGUGGUGACGUUCGCGGCGGGCUACAUCGCCGGCGUCUUCUGCGCCAUCGUCUCGCAUCCCGCUGACACAGUCGUCUCCAAACUCAACCAGGACAAGACAGCGACUGUGGGGUCUAUCAUGGGCAAGCUGGGCUGGGCGGGCGUGUGGAAGGGACUCGGACCCAGGAUCGUCAUGAUCGGUACACUCACCGCACUGCAAUGGUUCAUCUACGACGCUGUCAAGGUAUGGCUGCGUAUGCCGCGACCGCCGCCCGCGGAGAUGCCGGAGUCGAUGCGCAAACGACUAGAAGCGGAAGGAAAGUAAAUACACUUGAAAACUCGCACAAACCCAUGCACAAAACAUAUAUUCCAUUAUUUAGACUUGACAUGUACACGACCCUUGUAUUAUAACUUUCACAUUUAUAAUAAACGAAGCUUCGAACUUACCGGUACUUUCUCUGAAAGUUACUAAAUCAAAGUUUAAUAUGUAAUUUUAACAAAUUAUAAUAAACCCCAUUUUUUUGUUAUAAAAUAUAUAUUUGAAUCUCUUUGGUUAUAAUAGGAUAUGUCCUUUUUCAUCUGUUAUAAAUCGAAAAGCCACAUUUAAUUAUCUAUUUUAAUUGUAAAUCUCGUGAAUUAUCUCAUUUUUAUAUAUUUUAUUUUUGAUUUAAUAAUUAUUUUAAUAGAAAUAAGUAGAAUGAAAAAAAUAUGACUUGUUCUUAUGAGUUAUAGAAGGUAUAUAAAAAAUAAUUUUUUAAGUUACUUUUCUUUGUUAGAAUUAUUUUAUAAAUACUUUCAAAUAUAAGAAUAAUGUACUUGUAUUGAAUAAGUUACCAGCGGGAAUAAACUUCAACAUACAUAGGGUCAUACGCAAACUAGAUAACUUUUUUUUUCAUACAAAUGUGCAUGGAAUUCUUCGAUAAAUACGAAGAAUCAUAAUAAAUAAGAACUUAGCCUGUUUCCGUAGUGUACUGUAUAGUUUCAUGUGAUUAAUGUAUUUAAGGAAUCAUGUUAAAUUAUUUCGAAUAAAUGAUUUUUUUUCUUAUGUA